AUUAUCUAGUAAAAGGAGAUAGAUAAAGGUUAAGCGCGACGCCACGCUACGUCACUACAGUAGGGUAGCAACCCCCCCUCACGAACCUUUAUAAGCGAGCGCACCCGUCGUACCGGUCUCUUUUCGAAUCCCGAUCUGGUGAAGUAAACGUUAAGACUAACCGUAUACCCAUUUGUCCAUUUCGUGUCGUGUUUUUAUUAUUCUGUGCAUAGUCUGUAGAUUUCGUAUGUUUUACCAAUCUGUUAAUUAUUCUGAUAUUCGAGAUUGUUACUUUGAGUGUUUAGUAAUAAUGUGAUUGAUUGUAAAUUGUAAAUAAAUAAUUAGUCGAUUUGGUUUUUAUGAUUUCAUUUCAUUUAACAUCCUGACAAUCGCUAAUAUCAGAAACGGGAUAGUACCUAACGCCUAUUAAUAAUCGUUUUAUAAACGGAGAACAUGAUUUAAAUCUAAAACUUAAAGGCAAAUUGACUAUGGCCUAUAGAUCCACUCGUAAUAGGGGUAGGAGUAGGCAGACUAAUCAAUCAGUUCCAGAUGCGGAGGUCUUUCAACAGCAGCUUGGCGAUAUAUUGGCGCGCCUUCACGCACUUGAGGACAGCGCGCCGCCGCCGUCAGCGCUCCCGAGCGCGACCAAUGGCGCCGACAGCCACGUGGAGCCGAACGCCACUGAGGCGGACGCGGCCAACGCCCCGGACUUGCUCCACGCUCCUGGAUCCGACUUGCGGGCUCCGUCGUUACCACCCGGGUCAAGUACUAGCACCGUCGGUGAGAGUUCUACUGCUGCAAAUGAUGUUACCGACCGGCUUAUAGGGGCCCUUACCGCAUUGACAAAAAUGACUGGCAAGCUGGACUCCGGGAUGCGGGGACCUUACCGCGUCACGAGAGUGCUGCCACACGGUCGCUACAACCUGCGACUGGUUGGUGGCUCAUAUGGCAAAACAACACAGGCUGCGGCUGAGCACAUGGUCAUAUGGCGCGGAGAAUGGACCCCCGAGUCAUGUGCCGCCUUCUUUGACAGCGAGGAGGACACUACGUCUGGCACGAUCUCUACUGAUUCAGAUGCUGCUGCAGCAACUGACAGCCCCUCUGCCGAUGCCAGCCUUCCGGGUCCAACUACAAGCGCCGCCAUGCCUCCAGAACCCAACAGCGAGGAGAGCCAAGCCGUAUCAAGCACGAGUCACCACCAACAAUCUGCCAGUCACACUACAGAGAGCUCCGGCAGGCCCAUAGCCAAUAACAAUGACGUUAGAGAAGCGCUGAUGCCCGAGCCUAGACGACCACGUGGUCGAGGGCGACCACGAGUCAGGAGAGGCCGUAAAAGGAGAUAGAUAAAGGUUAAGCGCGACGCCACGCUACGUCACUACAGUAGGGUAGCAACCCCCCCUCACGAACCUUUAUAAGCGAGCGCACCCGUCGUACCGGUCUCUUUUCGAAUCCCGAUCUGGUGAAGUAAACGUUAAGACUAACCGUAUACCCAUUUGUCCAUUUCGUGUCGUGUUUUUAUUAUUCUGUGCAUAGUCUGUAGAUUUCGUAUGUUUUACCAAUCUGUUAAUUAUUCUGAUAUUCGAGAUUGUUACUUUGAGUGUUUAGUAAUAAUGUGAUUGAUUGUAAAUUGUAAAUAAAUAAUUAGUCGAUUUGGUUUUUAUGAUUUCAUUUCAUUUAACAUCCU